UCAUAUUUGAAGAAUGAAAAUUAACACUCAUUCAAAUUAUUAAAUAAACGUCUAGAGUGAAUUAUGGGGAUGCACGAAAUUGUGCACUGCAUCAAAAUGCUUCUAAUAGGAGUUUGUUUUACUCUCCUUAAUUAUUCAAAUUUGUGAUGCAAGGUGCAAAAAAUGACAAUAUUUCUGGGAAUCAGUUUGAAGUAGCUUUUUUUUUUAGAUGUGCUUGUCUUGUUACAAGACAGAGUGAAUUAUCUUUGAAGGGAGGGAACUAGUGUCCCCUGAGGCGCAAGCUGCGUUUGGUAAAGCGCACAGCGGAUGCACACAGUUAAUGGUCAAAUCAGUUUGCUUCCAGAGAUUAACAUGUGCCACGGACCAUCGCUCUUCAUGGAUUUAGAAUGAAUUAUAUUUCACUUUUUCCAGUUUUAAAUCACAUAAUAUGUGUUAGGGACUUAAGGAGAUAAUACGUGCUUUUGGAGAGUGCGCGAGUUUGGUUCCCAAGUUUGGAGACCAGACGCCAGCUGGAGAGUGUCGAGUGCCUCCAUCACAACAAAAACAACGUCAACAACUACUAAAACAUCGAGGCUUUUUAAGCGGAUGUCAAGAUGAAUGACACGGACGAUUUUUGCAAAAACAACCAAACAGGGAACAUGACCGACCCGUCAUGUGUAAAACCAACUCCCGCGUCCCACAGCCAGUUCGACCUCGCCACUUUCAUGCACAUAUUGCCUUCAAUUUACGGCAUCCUGUGUUCAGUGGGAGUUAUAGCCAAUGGACUGGUCAUUUACGCGGUGAAAGCAUGCAAGAAGAAAAUGGUAUCAGACAUAUACUUGCUGAACUUAGCAAUAGCCGACAUGCUGUUCUUGCUGGUGAUGCCGUUCAACAUUCACCAGCUGGUCAGAGACAGGCAAUGGGUCUUUGGAAGCUUUAUGUGCAAAGCGGUGGUGGUCGUGGAUGUCAGCAACCAGUUUACCACAGUGGGAAUUGUGACUGUGUUGUGCAUUGAUCGGUACAUAGCUAUUGUCCACCCCACCUCCGAGAAGAGGACCAUCCAGUGGACCAUCAUCAUCAACAUGCUGGUUUGGCUGGGCAGCAUGCUCCUCACCGUCCCCGUCAUGCUGUACGCCAAGGCCGUGCGCAGGCAGCAAUUUGAGGUGUGCAUAAUGGACCUGGAAGGGCCUGAGGACAUGUACUGGUACACUCUCUACCAGUCUAUCCUGGGCUUCAUCAUCCCUCUUUUCAUCAUCAGCACCUUCUACUCUCUCACCCUCUACCACGUCUUCAGCUCCAUCCGCCGCGUCAAGCGCAAGCAGUCCGUUUGUGCUAAAAGAGCCACCAAGAUGGUCCUCAUGGUCAUCGCGCUGUUCCUGAUCUGCUGGUCGCCCUACCACGUCAUUCAGGUGAUCAACCUGAGCAACGACAACCAGAAUCUGGCCUUCAUCUACGCCUACAACAUCAGCAUCUGCCUCUGCUACUCCCACAGCUGCAUCAACCCGCUCAUGUUGCUAAUCUUCGCCCAGAAUUACCGCGAGCGUCUUUGCUCCAGGAACGUGCUCUACAGCUCCCAGCACUCCUCCAAGGUCACGGUGGUCAAAGCGGAUGGCUCCAGUACGACCAACGACCCCAACUACCGCUGCACUGUCAUCUAAUCACAGUGGACUUUUUUCCUUUCUUUUUUUUCUUGUACAUACACAUGUCGAUGUUCUUGCCCAAUAAGAAAGUUACUUGUGGCCUUUGAAGUCAUGUUUUUGCAGCUUUGGAGAUUGAUAGCCUUCAAAACAAAAACAAAAAAACUGGGUAUGAAGCUUUAGCAUAAAAGUCAACCAUGCCUAAGUAACAUGUAUUUUAAAAGUGCAAUUUUUUUUUACAUUUGCAGUGCAAUAUGCACUUACUUACUCACUCAAUAUACAUUAUUCAAUUCACAUUGCCCUACAGUCAUGAUGAUAAUGAUACAUUAUACAUAUUAAUUGGAUGGGAAUAUGUUAUAAUGUAAUAUUUAUGUAUGUUAAACCAUUCAGUGAUUGUUACUAUGUAAUUAGUUUUAUUUAAGGAUUCAUAUUUGUAUUAUAUUUGUCUCCUAAAACUUGGGCCCAGCCAAGCACACCUGAGGUAUCACACACAUGCUUAAGAUCCAGCCACUGAGUCUUUAAUUGGAUCAUUCAUUUAUAUAUAUUUCUGUAAGUGAAGUUAUGUUAUUUGUCAAUGCCACUUUUUGUUUUCCUUUUUUGCCAUACGGAUCAUAUUAUUCUCUGAUGGAUGGAGGCGCAAAUUGCAGAUUUUACUUGCUGUGUAUGUUUUGGUGCAUUUUUUCAGUUUCCUUUCCAUCUUAUAUAUUUUCCUUUUUCAGUUAUUGAUACAAGCAGACUUAUACACAAAACCCUACAUAACCACUCUUAGCAACGGAAACUGGCUUACAUAAAUCCUUCUUAUUUUUUGGUUGGUGGUUAAGUUUAGUUAUAUUAGUCAUAUUUCUGGAGACAUAUGACUAAUUUGUCCAUAUUAUAAGAUGAUUGUCCCUAUUUCUAUGUUUUAUUUGCAUGUCUCUACCUCUGUCUGUUUGGGAACUGUCUUUUCGCACAAAAAACGCCCCACAAAAACAACCGAAAUUAUAUUGAAAACAUAAAUCCACUCCUCAGACGAAGGUUGGAGCGCUAAAAAGGAAAGCGGCUGUUUCUGAGCCAAUCCUACAGGGAAUAACAGCACUGACUUUCAAAGAUGCACAGAUGAGCAAGGACUCUGAGGGAGCAGCUCAAGUGUGAAUCUAUUCCCUUUUGGACAGAGAGCUUUCAUUAACCUUUAUCUACUACAGGGCGCACCAAGUGUCCUGCUGGUUUACUGACAACAGUGAAGUGCAGCCUUUGAGAUCAGUCACUGACAAACAUCAGCAUGUUCAAGUGUGAUAUGUUUAACAUUUCUUAUUAUCAGCCAGCCUCCUCAGGGCUCACCAUGAAAUGUAAUUGCACUUAACAACAGUGGUUUGAUUUUAUCUUUACUCAUUGUGACGUCCUUAGACUGCCACAAAUGACUGUAUGAAAAUCAAGGGCUUAUACAUUGGCAUAAUAAUGGCUGAUAAAUAACGCACUCGUGCUUUAUAGAUCAGUUAUUAGCCAUUCAUUACAAACUCAUAAUGGAAUUUCAGGUUGUAAAAGUUGAUCAUUCGAUGGUGUUUAUCAUUUUUAUAUUUGAUAAGAAUGAAGUUAUUGUAAAUCCACAAAUUAUGUAAAUCCACAAAUAAAUGUUUAACUAUGAGAAAAGACUGCUAUUAUUAUUGAUAUAAUGAAGUAUGUCACUGUUAAAGUUAAUAGAUUGUUGUUAUUGAGACUUUGGUCCAGAGAGUCUGACAAACUACUUAGCCCCAAAUUGGUACCUAUCAAUGGCCCAUAACUGAUUCAAACAAAAAAUGUAAAUGAUUUAUCAACCAUUACUAGCAAUAAAUCCAUAUAAAAUCCCAAUUGUUAAUAAAGAUAUUGUUUCAAAGGAAAGAAAGAAGGCAUUUUAUGGUAUAUUUCACGGUAGUCAGACAUCAGAGUGUUACUGGUUGUUCACCAUACGCACAGAUUGAGAGUCUGUGUUUUACUAUUUCUAGACUCAGCAGAACAGUCCCCUCCUGAUUGUUUGAGACUUUAAUCUCAUGCAGCGUAAAACACCAAUGACUGCUUUACAGUCGGUGUCGCACCAAAAUAAAGGCUAACAAGAAUCUGUCAGAUUGUCAUGAUAGGCCCACGGCAGGGAGGUUUAUCCCAGUGGAUGUGUUACGAUCUCAGUGGAUGGAUUUUAAAACACAUCUGAAAUUCUGUGCUUUUUGUCUCUCUGUUUAUUCAUCCAAGUCCUUAAGCCUCCUGAGAUAUUAACUCACACCUAUCCACAAUUCAUGUUCUCCUGUUAUUGUAUUUAAUGUACAAUUUCCUUCAGAUUUUGACUGUUUUUUAAAAGAUUAGAUGCAUCUGUAUUCACCCAAAUUGCUCAGGAGCUGCUUUUGGGCUUUGAAGUGUAUUUUUUGUGAUAAAAAGCUAUUUUCAAAAUGGACUCAAGGGACAAAUGCAGUGCUCUGCAGAGACAACAAACAAAGUGUGAAGGACAGGCAAUGCUCCCACAUUAAUAUCAAGUAAUCUGCCCUGAUUGAACAUUUGCAUAAUGACAAGUGAGAGGCAUGUACAGGAAAUGUAUAUAUUGCAUUAUCUUUAGUCAUCAGAGUUAUUCAUUAAUGUAUGUAUGUUUACAAUGGCACUGGAGCACUAAAUGUGAUACUGUGCGUCUUGUACACUAAUCUUGUGGCCUACUGUACGUUCAAAUAGAAGUGCUUCAUGUCAAAUAUUAAUAUUUUUUCUCUGUGCCAUGUGCAAAGAUUGUAGGCAUUGUUUUUUCUAUGACCAAAAGUGAAUUACCAGCCGGGCCAAAUGGGCUGUAGAUUUACUCUGUGGUAAUUAGUGUGUGAUAAUUAGGUUCAUAAUAAUAAUGUGUUUGGUUAUAUUCAUCAAAUUUUUUGAAUUUGCAGGCUAAAACAUAUAGGCAAAAUGUUAACAGUAUGGUCAUUUUAACUUUAGGAUGUUUUUUUUUAAUUGCGUAGGCUGAUCUCUCAGGGCCACAGUAGGUGACCCCUGAUGACAUCGCUGUGACAAAUCACGGUUAAUAUCAGGGGAAGUUAACAAUUGACUUUCAUUACAUUUUGUUUAUGGUGGUCCUAUGUAGAGUCAAAUAGACGAUACAGCAGCAUAUGCUUUGAGGCGGGUCUACAUUGUGAUUGACAGGUCGCUGGCACUGUUUUCCGUGUUUGGGUGCUCUACAUGUUUUCGUCUUAGAAAUGUAACCCUUUCCCAGAGUGUUUUCAGCUCAUUGUUACAUUUUGUUGGCCUAAAAUGUGUUUAUCUGGCCCUGUUUUUGAAAUAGUCUUUGUUAGUGUUUGGUAUUGUUGAGUAGCUUUCACUGUUUUGUGAUGUUUUGUGUAUCCACUGGCCAAUGAAAUCUUUCAAAGCACAUGUGUGUCUACACCAAAAACAUGCCAUCUGAUCUCGUAUAGUAGAUUAUUAUGUGAGUUAUAACUAAAUGUAAACUUUGUUUGUGAAGAUUCAUAUUGAUAUUGUAAAGGGUACUUUUAUACUUUUAAUUGUUUUCCAAAUGCUGUCAAUGGAGAAACUGCAGCUUGUACGUUGAAAGUCAGUUAUUCAAGUAAAGUCAAACAAACUUGUCCAGAGACGACUUUUACUUUUAUUUAAUUUGUCAGUCCUCUUAUUUCUUAUCGAACAAACAUAAAAACACCUGGACAGCUUUUAAUCAUUGAUUGGUGCUGAGGAAAUAUUCUGCAUUUGCCUUUCAUUGCCCUCGCCCGCAUGAAAGAAAAACACUUGACUUUGCAAUUUACAGUGUUUUUCAUGAGCUCUUAAAUUAUUUAUGACUGUAGGAGGCUGCCAGCGGAUGCCAACAGCGGAAGUAGAAAGGACUGCAUGGAAAUGAGAAGCACCGUCUUGUGGGAGUUUAUUUGCAUCAAGUUUGUCCGAUGUUGAGGGACACGCUGAUGGUCUAUGACCUUUAGGAGGCACAAAAUCAGAGGCUUGACAGCAGAAACAGUGUCAAACUCACGAUCAAUCAUCCAUAUAAGGGACCAAGGAGGAUAAGAAGUUAACUUUGUUUUUGUUUGAUUUUUAUGUU